UGUAAAACCCUUGUCUUUGUUUUCCCGCCAUUUAUUGCUCCACAAAGCGACCGUAACCAAUGAAACGAUGCACAGUAAACCCUAUCGUUCUUCUCCGAUUCUCCUCACACAUAUCAGAUUCAAACUUCUCUUGAAAAUCCACACUCCAACUGUUGAGAAUUCGUAAGGUUUCCAAACUCGCCAUGGUCACUUCAAGGGAUGUUCAAGAGAUCGUCUCAAAGCUAUCAUCCGAUAAAGCUAAGACUCGAGAAGAAGGACUUAAAUUGUUGAACACAUGGUUAGAAGGCGAAAGUUCAAUUGGCUUUUGUAGAUAUAUUGGACAGAAAACAGCAAUGCUUAAACCGAAUGAUGUACCUCAUUCCGAGACUUGGCCUUUUCUUGUUAAACUGCUAACUCAGUGUGUGUCGUUAGAGUUAUCUUCGAGCAAGCGGCGAUUGCCAAAGUUAAUAUUUGCUAAAACUUUGCGCAUUGUUGUACAACGAACAGAGGAUGCCAAGUAUUCAGGCAAGAAUUUGCUUCUGUUAUCCAUGGUGAAACUGCUUUUCAAUCAUAUCUGGGAUGUCUUGAACGAUGUCCCCAGCUUUCAAACCGAGUAUGGGAUUAUCCUCCGGCUUCUUUUGGAAGUGAAAGAUUAUCGAUUUCACAUGAGGAAGCGGGUCUAUUGCAGUUUGGUGCUUUUAUACAUAGAAAAGGUGCAAACAAGCUUGAGUGGCAGUAAUAGUAUUCAAUCUAAUCCCAAAGAAGACGUGUUUCGUUGCAUCUUGACACUCCAUUCACUUCUUGAAAAUCCUCCUGGAGACUUUCCAGUUAAUCUUCGUGAAGACAUUGUUAGGGGGUUUGUUAGGAUUUUGCCUUUUGUAAGGGAUGAGGGAAAGAUUUCACGUAAGCUAAUCGAAUGUUUGAAUACAUACUUGUUGAAGGAUGGUCCAAAUUUGGGCUGUCAGUCCUUGGAAAUUCAUGAUGCUGUGAGGCAAUUUUUGUUUCGUUGUUGGAUAACAACCCAUGACCGUGGUCUAAAGGAUGCACUUAUUUUAUAUGCUAGGUUACAAUUAAAUUUGACUAGGGGUGCAGCUGAUGGGAGUACUUUGGUAGAACAACUUCUGGAUGUAGUCGGCAAGGAUCUAGAUCAAAAUAAUAUUUGCAGUUCCAGUAUUCCCUGGAGUGACACAACCAAGGAUGAUAAGUGUGGAAAUUUGACUAGCUCACAGUGUGGUUUGGUGGAGCUCGCAGCCCUUGUCUUUUAUCGGGCAUGCGUCAAUAAAUCAAAAGCACCGACUGAAAAACGAGCCAGGAGGGAACAUGCUGCUGCCUAUCUAAAAGAGGGACUCAUGAAAGGAAAAUGGCUGUGGAACGCUGUCUUUUGCUGCCUCAUACAUAACUACUGUAGCCGCAUCAGUAAGCAUCUCUUAAUCUACUGGUUUGAAGGCAUUUGUGCAAACUUUGAAAGAAUAAUAAAUGACGCAAAUAUGGGCCACACUUAUGAUUGUUUGCUGUGGAUUCUGCGGAGUCUGCAACGACUCUCUUCAGUGCUUCUGCUUUCAGUUUCAAGAGUGGAGACCUCACCAGGUUCAUCUUUCUCCUCAAAUGAGCUUGAAAGAGGUUGGCACACAAUAUGGAGCUGUCUAAUGCGUGGGUUAGCUGUAUUCAGUAAUGUCACCUCUGUUGCAGAUGCUGCUUUGAUGCUCCUUGGAGACAUAAUUUCCAAUGAUUUAAUGAACGCAUUUACAGUACCUCAAGAUGUCUGGGACAUUCGGCUAUUUAAGCGUUUGCCAUCAGCGUCUGUUUUGUGCUUCAUUUCAUGUUAUUUUUCAAGAAGAGGCUCUCAAGGUGACCUCCGAGACAGUUUACACCUCAGACAAAAUCUCUUAAGGGCAGUCUUGGCUUUAGUUAACUGCCAGGAGUGUCCCAUGUUGAAUGAGCGCAUCAUUGUAUUGUUGCCAGCGGCUGUUUACGCUCUUUGUGCUGGUUGUGCUCCUUUACCACUUGAUUGCAAAGGCCUUUUCCCAUAUCAUUCAUCCAUGGAUGUUCCCGAAGCUGUGGAGGAAUGGGUUAAGGGAGAAGAUCGCGAGCAUGAAAAUUUGCAUGAACUUUUUGAAUGCUCUGUUGAAGUCCUGGCAAAAAUUGAUCAUUCUUUUGGUCCUGAGGUUUCCGAAUCCCAAUGCUAUCGGAAUGUACGUCUUCCCCAUCAGUUAAUAGAUUCCCUGCUUCAUGAAAUGGAGACCUAUAUUCUUGAAGCUGUAGUAGAUAAAAAUGUCGAAAAGAUGCUUCUGUCUGAUGUCUUCUACAUGUGUGCUCUCUUAUCUAAUUUUAUGUUCUGUUCGUAUAUAACGAGGUUAGGUACCUAUUUGAUUGAAGUUUCGUCAUUCCUCACUAAAAUGGGCCAAUACUCGAUAAAACUGCUGGAUUGUGCUGUUUCUGGUAUUGAAAAAAGUCAUAAUGAUGCGAGACGUGGUUGUUUGAACUCUAAUUAUAUUUUUGAAGGCAUGAAUUCCGUCAUAGCUUCUUCCAAAAGUUUUGUUUGCUCUCCUCUUUUCAACAAAUGGAGAGAUCAAAAUGUUUUUGAUGUCGUAGUCUAUACUGCAAUAAGUCAAUCUAUUGAGAGGCUUUUGAAAGCUCUGGCCAAAUUAUAUGAAGAAUAUUCUCAAAGUGCAACGAAUUUUCAGCCUCAGAUAGACCUGCCUGACUUUUCUGCUUCUAUCACUUCUGUUCCAAAAUCUCCAUCGAAUAGCAGUAUCAGGAUGAUUAUGGACAUGGAGUUGGACUUGGUUGAAGAUUCUAAAGAUGUUGAUGUUAUAGCAGUUAGUGGGAAAACUGUCAGUGGUGUUUCUGUCUCGGCUGGGACAUGGAAGUUUGACAUUAUAUCACUAAUUUCCUGUUUUUUCGCAGUUUUACCAGUUGUUACUUGGGAAAUCUUGUUUGACCUUAUGGACAAAGAAAAUGAUGCAUGUGUCUUGGAGAAUAUUUUAUUCAAUGUUUGUCGACAUCCUUAUUGGCCCUCUUCCAGAAAGUUUUCAGACUUGGUUUCAUCAAUGAAUAACAUGGUAGAUUUGAGGGCAAGCCUUAAACCACAGUGUUCUAAUAUCCUAGCUGCUAUCUGUGAUUUGGUAGGGACCUUAAUUUCCUUGGACACUUUUCGAAGGGAUACUAACACUGUUGGAAAGGACACAAAUAUUGCUCUACCUUUAAGGGAAAGAAUCUCUGAACAGAGCUUGACAUUUCUUGGAGAUCUAUUAAAUAAAGUUGCAGAAAAUAAUAUCUUCGAUUGGUCUGGUCGCUUGAAGCUGAUUGAUUGCAUAUGCAAUUUCAUAUUACUCAGACCUCACAUUGGUCAGAGCAUGAUUGAAAAGCUGCUUAUGAUGCUACGGGAUCCAGACUACCGAGUAAGGUUCUUGCUGGCAAGACGGAUUGGCUUUCUUUUCCAAACUUGGGAUGGCCAUGAUGAACUCUUCCAGGAUAUAUGUUCAAAUUUUGGUGUAAAGUUGGUGGCUUCCUCAAAAGAUAAAGUUGUAACUGCAGAAGAGGUCUUAGCUGCUGGUCCUCAGCCUCGUCCAACAAUGGAAACCAUUAUUAUCACUCUUAUGCAUCUUGCAUUGUGCAGCGAGAAAAUAGAGCUGGAGGCUGUUUUUAUGAUGUGUGUGAUUUCUGCAAUUGAUCCUUGUCAGAGAGAAUUGGUCAUUGCAGCACUUGAUAAUCUAUCAAGACAGCUCCAGUAUGCUAAUAGGUCAAAGUACUUGGAGGAACUUAUGGGAUCAGUUCUCUUUUGUUGGGUUGCUUGUGGCGUAAGCUUAGUUUCACUUGUUGAGGUAAGAGAUCUUUUUGUUUCAAAUAUGGAGCCCAGUCAUUUUAUGCAGUAUUGUUGCCAUUGGCUUCUUCCAGCUUUAGUUUUGCGUGGGGAGACUUCCAACCUAAACUGGGUUGCUAAGGUGGCCUGUCAACACACAUCUCUUCUGGUUAAAAAUCACUUUGUGCCAAUCUUUUCUAUUUGCAUGGCAUUUCAUUGCAAUAAGAAGUCUGGAUGGGAAAAUGGAGCAGUGGUACUUCAGAGUUCAAUUUUGAGAAUUGCUGAGAUAUCUGAGAAUGAGAGAGACAAACUCAUAAAGAAAAAUAUGGUAUCUAUUGUCAGCCACGUUUUUUCUCUAGCUUCAUAUGCCUCAGACCCUGUGGUUCCUUUCUUUUCCAGAGAAACAAUUGUUCAUGCAAUUCAAACAGUUGUUGAUGGAUUCCUGGACAUGGAGGAUUGUCCUAGAAGUUUUGGUGUUGUCGACAAGAUGAACAUUUUUCGCCCUGAUAGAGUUUUUAUGUUCAUCAUUGAAAUGCAUUACAAAGUUACAGCAGCAGUUCAUUAUAGACACAAAUGUCAUCGGUUGGCUGGAAUUGAGGUUCUCGUUAGUAUUCUUGGGCAUAGAGCUGCACUUCCGAGCACUUUUAAUUAUCUUUUCAACUUGGUGGGGCAAUUUGUUGGUUGUCAUGCUUUACAAGAUCAAUGUUGUCAUAUCAUUUCCUCAUUGCUCCAAUCAUUUAGAAGCAAACCAUCAAAGGAAACUGCUAGGGUGCUUGGUGAACAACUUCAGUUUUUGGUGUCCAAGUUGCUUGCAUGCUGCAUUCCUCCGGAAUCUAACAGUGAUCUUUCUGGCACCCAAUCAUCUCAAGUUGUUUCAUUGUUUAAUCAGCUUACUGUGGAUUCUGACCCAUUGCUACAUGAUUACAUCAAAGAAUUGGAACCGUUCCCUGAAUUAGAUGUAUUUGAUGGAAUACGGAAGUUUCACCAUCGAUUAUGUCAAGGCUAUUCACUGAAGGAACACUUCCUAGAGUUUGUGAAGAGAUCUUGCUACCUCCCAUCAAGAUUACUUCUGUGCAGUCUCAAAGCAUUACACAAGAAAUUAGUCAUGGGGGAUAUGUUGCAGAGGAAAAACAACACAGAAGAUACUUAUGGAGAUAACUAUUGGUGUUGUGACAAUCAAAUUGUCCAGGCAGUAUGGACACUAGUCCCCAUGUGUGGUUUGGAUGAUGGGAAUAGUUUUAUGGCAUUGGUCUCUGAUUUUAUAUCUAGGGUUGGUAUUGGGGAUCCUCAUAGCGUUGUUUUUCAUCUCCCUGGAGAUUCUGGACAGACACAUGUUUGCCGACCACUUAAUCCUGACAAUACUACAGAAAUUAGUUUUCGCAUGGACACUGGCAUAUCUGAAGAACUUCUGAUUUCACUUAUGCGGCUUCUGAAGAAGUAUCUGAUUGACGACUCUGUUAAGAUAAUUGAUAUGACAUCACAAACAAUUCAGGGGAUACUCUCGACUGAUAAAGGCCAAAGAGCUUUGCUAUCAUUUGAUUCUUAUGAGAGGUCUCUCAUUGAGGUCCACUGUGAGGGUGUCAAUAUGGAGCUUGUUCAGAACUUUCUAUUGGAUCAAGAGAGAAAGUUUGUUGCUGAAGAAAUUUCACUGGAGGAGUCUACCAUAUGGAAGACACAUGAAAAAACUUUUGAGACAUGGAUUUGUCCACUUGUUUAUGCUCUUAUUGGUUAUUGUGAUGAUACGAUUUUGAGAUUAUGCCAAGAUAUUGUAUUGCUGAAGGCUGAAGUUGCGGAGCUUUUAUUGCCAAAUGUUGUAGUCAAUCUAGCUGGAAGGAAGAAUCUGGACAUUAAUCCUUGCAAAAUAAUCUCUCUGCAGGUGCAGGAAAAUAUCUUGUCAGAAUCCAAUAAGUUGAUGAAAUCAAUUCAGGUCAUUUUGGACACACUUAACGAACUCCGACUGUGUCAUGUCAUUGAUAGGACUUCGACUUCAGCUUCAAUUAGGCGAGAAGCUUUAACGCAUGCUAAACCAUCUAGUUAUGGCUUGAAAUCCCGUUCUACCUCUGCGAAGGCAAAAGAUUUUACUGCUACAUCGACUGCAUUUGUAAUGGCAACAUCAUUAUGGGACAAGGUAUAUUGGCUUUCCAUCGAUUAUCUUCUUGUUGCGAAGUCAGCAAUUAGUUGUGGUGCUUAUUUUACGGCUGUUCUCUACGUGGAGCACUGGUGUGAGGAGCAUUUUAACACACUCACAUUGGGGAGCCCAGAUUUCUCCCAUAUUGAUAUACUUCCACACCACAUUGAAAUAUUAGUCUCAGCAGUCACUCAAAUCAAUGAACUGGACAGCCUGUAUGGGAUUAUCCAGUCACACAAGUUAACCUCGCAAAUCGUUACCUUUGAACACGAGGGAAAUUGGAGUAAAGCUUUGGAGUAUUAUGAUUUGCAAGUAAGGUCUGAGGCAGAGAUACAAAUGGACGGUACUUCCAAAAAAUUAUCUCCUGAACUUUCUCAACCAACAGUUAGAUAUUCGGAAGUCGAUAUAAGACAAAGGAAACCAUACAAAGGGCUGAUAAGAUCCUUGCAGCAAAUGGGCUGCACUCAUGUGUUGGAUCUAUAUUGCCAAGGUUUGACUUCUCAGAAAGGCCAGUUUGAGCAUGAUUUAGAAUUCACUGAACUCCAGUAUGAGGCUGCUUGGCGUGCUGGAAAUUGGGAUUUCUCUUUACUAUACAUGGGAGGCAAUUCUUCGUGUUUGAGUCAAGACAUGAGAAGUGAUCAUUUCCAUGAACAUUUGUACAGUUGUUUGAGGGCAUUGCAAGAGGGGGAUUUUGUUGAAUUUCAUUCCAGAUUGAGAGAUUCAAAGCAGGAACUCGUUUUGUCCAUCUACCAUGCAAGCAAAGAGAGCACUGAAUACAUCUAUUCAACGAUAAUUAAGCUUCAGAUUUUUUAUCAUCUUGGUAUGGCAUGGGAUUUGCGCUGGACAACUUCUUUAUGUGAAAAUAUGAAAUCUUGUACUGAGAUGCGAAAGUUGUUAUCUGAACCUGUUGUCCCUACCCUGGAUCAGUUGUCAUGGCUAAAUAAGGAUUGGAACUGCAUUUUGAAACGAGCAGAACUGCACAUGAAUUUGCUGGAACCCUUCAUAGCAUUCAGAAGGGCCCUCCUUCAAACUUUACGUUGUACAGACUGUACGGUGCAGCAUCUUUUGGAUUCUGCAUCCACUCUUCGCAAGGGUUCUAGAUUUUCUCAGGCUGCUGCAGCUUUGCAUGAGUUCAAGUUCCUCUGUGCUGGUGCGGGAGAACAGAAUACUACCUUAUAUUGGCUUGGAAGGCUUGAAGAAGCUAAGCUUUUGCGAGCACAAGGACAGCAUGAGAUGGCUGUCAACCUUGCAAAGUAUAUCUCACAAAAUUACCAGUCGAGUGAAGUUGUCUCUGAUGUGUACCGCUUAGUUGGGAAGUGGCUGGCAGAAACUCGAUCUAGCAACUCAAGAACUAUUUUAGAGAAGUAUCUGAAACGUGCAGUUAUACUUGCUGAGGAUCGUAAGGAUACAAACAAGAAGUCUAUCGCAAGACAAAGCCAAACACAUUUUCAUCUUGCACAUUAUGCCGAUGCUCUGUAUAGGAGUUAUGAAGAAAGACUCAACUCUAAUGAAUGGCAAGCAGCAAUGAGGUUAAGAAAGCAUAAGACAAAAGAGUUGGAAGCACUCAUUAGGCGAUUAAAAAGUUCGUCAAAGGGGGAGAAAAUUGACUAUUCAGUAAAAAUACAAGAGUUGCAAAAGCAGCUCGCAAUGGACAAAGAGGAGGCUGAAAAAUUGCAGGGUGACAGGGAUAAUUUCCUCAAUGUAGCACUCGAGGGGUACAACCGUUGUCUGGUCAUUGGUGACAAAUAUGAUGUUAGAGUGGUAUUUCGACUUGUUUCCCUGUGGUUCAGUCUCUCCUCUAGGCAAAUAGUUGUAAAUGGAAUGCUGAACACAAUUAAAGAGGUUCAGUCUUACAAAUUUAUACCACUAGUAUAUCAAAUUGCUUCAAGAAUGGGGUCAAAAGAUGGUCAGGGGCUUCACAGUUUCCAGUUUGCUUUGGUUUCUCUUGUGAAGAAAAUGGCAAUCGACCAUCCAUACCACACAAUCUUUCAGCUUCUAGCCCUGGCAAAUGGAGACCGCAUCAAGGACAAGCAGCGUAGUAGAAACUCAUUUGUGGUGGACAUGGAUAAAAAACUUGCAGCAGAAAACCUUUUGGAGGAGUUGUCUUCAUACCAUGGAGCUAUUAUUGGACAGAUGAAACAAAUGGUGGAGAUUUACAUCAAACUUGCUGAACUAGAAACAAAAAGAGAGGAUACAAACAAGAAAGUUACUCUGCCAAGAGAAAUUCGCAGUGUUCGACAGCUUGAACUUGUACCUGUAGUAACAUCUGCUUUUCCAGUUGACCAUAGUUGUCAAUAUCCUGAAGGCUCUUUUCCACACUUUAAAGGAUUACCGGAAUCAGUAGUGGUGAUGAAUGGUAUAAAUGCUCCGAAAGUGGUUGAAUGCCAAGGUUCAGAUGGUAACAGAUACCGUCAAUUAGCAAAAUCUGGAAACGAUGACCUGAGACAAGAUGCCGUAAUGGAACAAUUUUUUGGUUUAGUUAACACUUUUUUACACAAUCAUCGGGAUACAUGGAAAAGGAGAUUAGGAAUACGUACAUACAAGGUUGUUCCUUUUACUCCAAGUGCUGGUGUUAUUGAAUGGGUAACUGGCACUCUUCCUCUUGGUGAAUACCUUACAGGAAGCACGAGGAAUGGAGGUGCCCAUGGGCGGUAUGGAGUAGGAGACUGGACUUUUCCUAAAUGCCGGGAGCAUAUGGCAAAGGAACACAACAAGCGCAAGGCGUUUGAAGAAGUCUGUCAGAACUUCAGGCCUGUCAUGCAUUACUUUUUCUUGGAGAGAUUUUUACAUCCGGCUGACUGGUUUGAGAAGAGACUCGCUUAUACACGCAGUGUGGCAGCUAGUUCAAUGGUGGGUUACAUCGUUGGACUUGGAGAUCGACAUUCUAUGAAUAUCAUAAUGGAUCAAGCCACUGCUGAAGUUGUUCACAUAGACCUUGGUGUUGCCUUUGAGCAAGGGUUGAUGCUCAAAACACCUGAGCGGGUCCCUUUUAGACUGACAAGAGACAUCAUAGAUGGUAUGGGUGUCACUGGUGUGGAAGGGGUUUUCAGAAGAUGUUGCGAGGAAACUCUCUCUGUUAUGCGAACAAAUAAAGAAGCACUUCUAACAAUUGUUGAAGUUUUUAUCCAUGAUCCUUUGUAUAAGUGGGCUUUAUCCCCUUUGAAGGCUUUGCAACUUCAGAAGGAAACAGACGAUUAUCUUGAGACAAGCUUGGAAGACUCACAAGAAGAAUAUGAAGGGAACAAGGAUGCGGCACGUGCAUUGAUGCGUGUUAAGCAAAAGCUAGAUGGAUAUGAAGAAGGUGAAAUGAGAAGCAUGCAUGGCCAGGUUCAACAACUCAUUCAAGAUGCUAUUGAUCCAGAUCGUUUGUGCCAAAUGUUUCCUGGAUGGGGAGCUUGGUUGUGAAGUGAUACAUCAAUCUAACAUCUUACUGCUAUAUUGCUUCCUGUGGCACCCAAAUAAAUUUCAAUGGUGGCUCGUUUUUCUUUUGAGUAUUUUAUUUUUUAUUUUUUGAUUACAUAAUUCGAGUUAUGUGUUGGGUGCAAAUGGUGUCUCUGCAAUAAAGUGGUUACACGUAAA